ACUUUUCAAUUACUCGAGAACUUCCUCUCAAAGCAGCAGAACCAGAAAACAAAUAAAAAACCCCAUCCUCUCUCUAGUCCAUGAUCUCUCUCUAGUCUACGAGCGUCCAAUACCUGAAGACUCAAUUGAUCAAACAAGACUAGAGAGAGAGAGAGAGAGCUAGGGUUACGAAAAACCAGUACCCAAUGCCUAUUCUUCUAGGGUUUUCGGGGCGUCGAGCUCUACUUAGAUCGAUCCGUUUCUGAAUUUUAAGCUUGUAGUAAAAGACUAAGAUCAGGGGGCGGUUAGAAGCAAUGUACAGCGGGUCCAGCGACGGCGAAGGCCACGAAUCAUCGGCGCCGAGGAAGAUUCCGCCGCCGUCUUCAAUGUUGUGGGUCCGAAACCUCCGCCGGUACAUCGGGACCGGCGCCGGACUCGGCUCUGAAGCAUUGAUGGAGCUCGAGACAAAGAGAAUCUUAUUUGAUAUUUUCAAAGAGAAGCAGCAAAAGAGUGCUGAAGCUGGUGCCAUACCGAGUUUCUAUAAGAAGAAACCUGAAGAAGGGUCCAUCAGUAACAGGGUCCAGAGGCUGGCUAAGUAUCGGUUUUUGAAGAAGCAAUCCGAUCUUUUGCUAAAUGCUGAUGAUCUGGAUGCCAUGUGGGUUUGCUUAAGAGAAAAUUGUGUAAUUGAUGAUGCCACUGGAGCUGAAAAGAUGAACUAUGAAGACUUUUGCCAUAUUGCCUCUGUAUGCACGGAACAAAUUGGCCCUAAAUGUCGUCGUUUUUUCAGUCCUUCAAACUUCAUGAAGUUCGAGAAAGAUGAAUCAGGAAGAAUUGCAAUUCUGCCCUUUUACCUUUAUGUGAUGCGCACGGUUUCACUUACGCAAGCUAGAAUUGACAUGAGUGAGCUUGACGAGGAUUCUGAUGGUUUCCUACAGUCUCAUGAAAUGGAGGCAUACAUACGAGGAUUGAUCCCUAAUUUGGCACAACUUCGGGACAUGCCUUCAGCCUUUGUUCAAAUGUACUGCCGCAUAGCCGCGCACAAAUUUUUUUUCUUUUGUGAUCCCCAUAGACGAGGGAAGGCUUGCAUAAAGAGGAUCUUGCUAAGUAAUUGUCUCCAGGAACUGAUGGAAUUGCACCAGGAAAGUGAGGAAGAAGUCACUGACACUGAACAAGCUGAAAACUGGUUUUCAUUGACGUCUGCCCAACGCAUUUGUGAUAUGUUUCUUGCACUUGACAAAGAUAUGAAUGGAACAUUGAGCAAACAGGAACUUCGAGAAUAUGCAGAUGGGACUUUGACAGAUAUUUUCAUUGAGAGGGCAUUUGAUGAGCAUGUCCGUCGUGGCAAAACUGGAGUUGGUAAUGCUCGGGAGAUGGAUUUUGAAAGCUUUCUAGACUUUGUUUUGGCCCUAGAAAACAAAGACACUCCGGAGGGGUUAACUUAUUUGUUUCGUUGCCUCGAUCUCCAAGGAAGAGGAUACCUCACAACCUCUGAUAUUCACUCUCUUUUCAGAGAUGUGCACCAGAAAUGGAUUGAGGGAGGGAACUAUGAGCUAUGCAUCGAGGAUGUUAGAGAUGAAAUUUGGGAUAUGGUGAAACCAGUUGACCCUCUAAGGAUCACCCUGUCCGAUCUACUGGGUUGUAAACAGGGCGGAACUGUUGCCAGCAUGCUUAUAGAUGUGCGUGGUUUCUGGGCCCAUGACAAUAGAGAGAAUCUUCUCCAAGAAGAAGAAGAGCCAGAAGAAGAAUGACAUAUGCAAAGGAGUUCGCUGCUGGUCAUUUGUUUGUCUUGUGUCAAUUUUUGUGUUAUUAAUGUUGUAAUAGAAUGUCUGUCGUAGCGUCAUUAGAGUGGAAUCCAUGGGAGAAAUUAUUGUUGGAAUACUUCUGAAAUCUGCAAAUUGUGUAUGCAGGACAAAUUUGGGUGCCCCGGUACUGGCUAAUUCAACUGAAGUGAACGCAAGCGAAGGUUGUCACUUGUCAA